CGCGAGAAGUCAGUCGACUCGUUGCCUCGGUACGGGUAGCGUCGUUUCGUAGUUUCUUUCUUUUUAACGGGUCCGCGUCGCGCGUGUUGGCUCGCGCGCGCGCGCGCCACCACUCGCCUGCCAUUCUCGUCCUUUAUUUCUUUUUCUUUCUUUUCUUUUUUUUUCGUUUCUACGUGUUAGUGCUUUUGCCAGAUCUCGCGAGUGCGAAGAAACCUGAGAAAAGUGUGGACGUACGAGAGAAUGUAGCCGAGAAAGCGGAGAGGAGGGAGAAGGACGCGAAGGAGGAAGGACCACGACAUUGGGAAUAAGUGGGAAGGAAAGGGAUAGACGAGGGUGAAGAACAGAAGGGUGAUCUCGUUUUGCGAGAGGGAAGAGAAAUAAAGAAAGAAAGAAAGAAAGAGCGGUGGUUGAUCGUGUCUGCUGGAAAAGGAGAGCGGAUGAAACGGUGGCGAAACGUGGCGAACGCGACGAAGAAAGGAUAAAGGGUUAUAAGAGAAAGAAGAGAUCCCCGAUGUGUGCUGCAGGACCGUACGAUGGCCGGGGCCCUGUCUGAGAAUGCCCCGAGGCCCGUGAGCGUCGUUGGCGUCGACGGUAGUACCGUGGUAAUUGUCAGGAGCAACGCGGACGAUCAGGAACCGCGGGGGGACAACAACAAUAACAACAAUCGGCACAGCAACAACAACAGUAAUCCCAACGAUAAUCCCAACAACGGGAGCGGCAACGGCAACGGCAGUGCCAACGGCAACAACGUUCGGUCGUUCACCUCGACGGAAGCACAAACGGAGGUGGCGCUUCAGAAUGGGCCCGAGGUCCUCGAGGAGCUGGCGAGCGAGUCACGUGGCGCGCGUCGCCGCGAGAGGCGAAUGCGGAGACAGCAUCGCCGGGCCCUGAGGAGUUGCUCGCUCCCACCGACUUAUCCGGGUGCCGCGAACGCGGCCGUCGCGGUCGGUGCUUGCCCCGCGUCCGCGAACGCUCCCGGAGUGCCUUUGGUGCCACCUGCGAGGGGUUUUCUUCACCCGCCGCCACCUCAUCUCGGACUCAGGGGACUCAGUUUGGGCUUACCCUUUCCCGUACCUACCAGCGUUUCGGCAUUCGGCAGGGACGCAGUACCGAAGCAAUGUUGCGGCUUAGGUUCGCCACCGGUGCGUUGGUCCAUACUCGGCGUGGGAGUGGUGGGUCUGGUUUGUGCCGGUGCCGGUGCCCUUUUGGGCGCUCUCAGGGCCUCGGGACGCGAUCACAUCGCCGUGGCCCUACUCAUGAUCGGAAUAGGAGUGGUCCUGGUGAGCGUUAGCGCAGUGGCGUGGCGAGUGACCAGCCGAGAAAAUUGCGGCAGCUUCUUCGGUUUCACGGGGAUCACCGGUCGGAUUCCACCGGCGAGGCCGAUACACCCGUACGCUGCCAUGAUUUAUCCGGAAUUCCAAUUUAGAACGCCACCACCGAGUUACCAGGCGAGCAUGCAGGAGUACAGGUUACGGCUGUUGUUGCUAGACCGGCUACAGCCAACUUCGUCUCCGCCACCCACCUACAGGUCGAAUGCCAGUAGCAUCGUGGCGGCUGCUGGUGGUACUGUUCGAGAAAGUAGACCACCGAGUUAUUGCGCGCGAGGCAACGCUACGCCGAACGCGAAUCUGGUGCCCUCGAAGAAGGACGCGAAUCUCGUCAGGAUCGUUCAAACGGAGGCCGAUCCCGUAAUCCUCAGCGGCGAUCAAACGCCACCGAUAGCUGCGGUCGAGGUGCUCGCGCACCUCUAGCCCUUCGAGCUCCUUGAUCUAUCGUCUCUCUUUUCGAAGGACCCUGCUUCGCUACACUCCUCGAGGAUUCUCGAUUACUAUCGUUGGUCGUCGGAGCGUUCCGAUCGUCGCUUCGAUUCGUCGCUUAACGGAGAAUGAUUGGCGAACGAGAUACUUGACCUUCGAUUAAUUUUCGCCUAUCAACGUUCACCCCGUUCCGACGGAAAGGUAUAGAGAUAACGACGCUCCGAUGCCAAACGAUAUAAUCAUGGCCUAAUGUAGUCGGCGAUUCGUCGCGCGAAGGGAAUCGAUUCUAAGCCAUAAUACUGUCGUUCGAUGUUAGACGUUUGUAUCGUUAGUUUUAUAAGUUGUCCCUUUUUCUCCGCGCGCGUCAGGAGUUUCUUUUUCCCGACAGUAUUUGCCGCCGGUACGAAAGCGGAUGCGUCUUCUUCCGAAAAUCAAUCUUUUUCCGAAAAAUUCUUUGCGAAAAGGGAUAUACGCGUAUGUAUAUUUUGAUCGUCUUGCGUUGUUCCGCAAUGCCGAAAUGCGUCGUAUCGAACGUAUCGGAGACGACAAGAGCCCCCAAGCUCUCGACGUCAACGAACGAUCUCGAUUUUUCAUAGAUGUAGUUAUACUGCGCCAUGACGGUCGUCGCUGACCCGACAAGAUAGAGAAUUGUAUAUUUUGAAUAUAUGUGUAAUCACGUACGUCGGGUCUUAGAUUCGUUCUAAUCGCGAGUUCCUCGUAAAGUUCUACUACGUCUCGUUUUAUAAUUUCGUCUGGGUCUGAAAAUUUCACAGACACCGCGCUGCGUUGAUUAAAUCUCUAAUCGAGUUGACAAAAUAUACGAACGUACAUUUUUUCCUAAGGGAUAGAUCUUGCGUAAUAGAACUUUACUUCGGACGCGUGAAAAUAUUUUAUGUGAUGAUAGCCCAGUUUAUCGCGAUAUCGCGAAAUAUUAUAUAUUUUCACACUUGGCAGGAUCGAGCCUAGCUUGGUAUUAGAUCGGUACGACGCGUAAAGCGCGAUAAAAGGGGCGAUCGGCUGUUCGCUGAUCGAGCGACGCCCGAUGUAUUAUUAUCGUAUUAUUUAUAUUUUAUCGAUACGCGUACACGUUUUAUCAACGAUUGUGCGUCGCACCAGUUAUCCUUGUAUGAUCUUUUUAUCGAGAACUAGGAGAGUCUAGAUGGACGGUGACUAGAUGUAGUAGCGCGAGGAUGUACAACGCAGUUAAUCACUUAAACGUACUAUAGAUCGAUCGAUUCGAAAACGAUUUCUCCAUAGAUUUUUCUUCGACUUGUUGCCUGUUCGACUCGAAACACGACUCGAACGUCGAUCAAUGAAAUUUUACUCGAUUAGCGAGAUCUUACGACGAUUCUACUUUUCGAGACGGUUCGCUUUUCGCGAUUCGAAUUUUAAUAGUCUUUACGAUGAAAGUUACGAACGUAGAAUUUGUGAAUUUGAAUCUCUAUUUCGAUGUAUUAGCCGGUUACACGAUCUUUUCGAGACUAAAUCACGUAGCAACGUUUAUCGAUCGAUUUCUUUCGGUACAAUCGAACGAAUGUAAUCUCAAGAACGUUUAGAAAGAUAGCGAAGAGGGAAGAAAAGGGCACCGUUUUUCUAACGAACGUUUCACAAAAAAUCACGUAGGACGAAAGCGUCGCGUCAUUCGAAUAUAGAUUUGAUAUUUUCGUCGACUUGAUAUAAUAACUAACGCGCGAGUCGCGUUAUUUUAUAAUUAUUAACGUCGUUGUGCAUUCGUGUAUCGCAGAAACGUACCUAUCGCUUUGAAAGUUAAACGACACUAUAAAAGAAGAAAAAAAGAAAAAAAAAAGAUAGAAAACGCUUCGGUGUCGCGUGACGACG